UGCACACCAAACUGCGUUUUUGUGUCGAAAUUCAAGUUGACCAAGUCGGAAAUUCUGCGCUUGUUGCCCGCUCCUCGUCACCAGAUCACACACCCCCCAACCGCAGUCUCAGCACCCCCAAAGACAGCCAAAAUGGAGAACGAUCGCGGCGAAAUUGUCGACCUUUACGUCCCCCGCAAGUGCUCUGCGACGGGCCGCAUCAUCAAGUCCAAGGACCACGGUUCUUGCCAGAUCACCAUCGCCAAGGUCGACGAGAACGGCCGUGCCAUCCAGGGCGAGAACAUCAUCUACGCUCUCUCCGGCUUCGUUCGCGCCAUGGGCGAGUCUGACGACUCCCUCAACCGCCUUGCCCAGCGCGAUGGUCUCCUCAAGGCCGUCUGGAACCCCCAGCGCUAAGUGCCUGGAGUGUUUUUGAACGAAUGAGG